UCUCACUGUGAGGAUGAUAAUAGUUGUUAAGGACGGUCUGCGCAGUCGGUCAGUGACGGCGGGAGUGAGAGGAUGGAGCUUCUUGUUGUAAUUUAUCAAAACUGAGCCCGUUCCUAUCCCUGAUCUCAACAGCCGCCGGGAGAAUGGGGUAAAGGUAUUCUGCUUGGGCUGCAGUAGAUGACUUGAAGUCAUGUGGCUUUUGGGAGCAGUUUGGUUCUUGUCGCAUUUUAAAUGGCCAACAGACAAAGGAAUAAAUGCACUGCCCACCAAUGCUGUGUUUCAUCACAGUUAACUACAUGACCAAUGAAUUCCGUCUCGCCUACCUCCAUUCACUAUGUCCAAAGUCAGGAGGACCUGCAUCCCUCAGGAUCAAAUAGGCCAUUUCCCACUGAUCACAAGAACAGCUGGGAUAGCCACUGUCAUUCAACAGAGAAGUCCGAACACACUGAACCAGAUGAGGUAGACAAGAUUAAAGCUAAGCUGAUGACAGCAUGGAACAAUGUCAAAUAUGGUUGGGUUGUGAAAGGGAGAACAAAUUUCAGCAAAACCUCCCCCAUUUUCCUUCUGGGUCGGUGCUACUGCUUUGAGUCAGAAGCAGCUGAUUUGCCAUCAAACUCGGACACCAGUUAUGAAACUGGCAGCAACCAAAAUUCCCCUCCUCCCUCGGUGGGAUUGUUCCGCAAGGACUUUGCUUCUCGGAUCUGGCUGACGUACAGGCGUGAAUUCCCUCAGCUGGAGGGUUCUGUGUGGACCACAGACUGUGGCUGGGGCUGCAUGUUACGCAGUGGCCAGAUGUUACUGGCUCAGGGACUUCUCGUUCAUCUUCUGUCUCGUAACUGGACCUGGUCUGAUGUUUUACUUUCUGUCGAAUCUGAGGCUGAAUCCAGAUCGCCAUCCAGAUCAAACACUUUAAACUGGCCCAUCCUCUCUGAGGUCCUUGGCUCACAACUGGACAGAAGUAGAAGCCUCAGGGAUACGCAGAGAACCACUGUAAUGCAAAGACCGCCACAGGUGCAGAGACGGACCAACAUGGACCAGCACACUGUAGACAAAGAGGAAUCGGAGCACCGAAAAAUUAUCUCCUGGUUUGGAGAUUACCCCAAAGCUCCGUUUGGAGUCCAUCAGUUAGUGGAGCAUGGGAAGAGAUCAGGGAAGAAGGCCGGGGACUGGUAUGGCCCGUCCAUUGUGGCCCAUAUAAUCAAGAGGGCAGUAGAGAGAGCUGAAGACUCUGAAUCGUUAAACAUUGCAGUUUAUGUGGCACAGGAUUGCACAGUGUACAAAGGUGACGUGGUGAAUCUCUGUGAGACACCGUUAAAGGCUGGAAAGGUUCCUGGAUCGGAUUGGAAGUCUGUCAUCAUCCUGGUACCUGUUCGACUUGGAGGAGAGAACCUCAAUCCAGUCUACAUGCAGUGUGUAAAGGAGAUUCUGAAGCUUGAAUGUUGCAUUGGAAUCAUUGGUGGGAAACCGAAACACUCACUCUACUUCAUUGGCUUUCAAGAUGAUUUCCUGCUGUAUUUGGACCCUCACUAUUGCCAGCCUGUUGUGGAUGUAACGAAGCAUGACUUUCAGUUGGAGUCAUUUCAUUGUAUCUCUCCAAGAAAGCUGUCCUUCAGUAAGAUGGAUCCCAGCUGUACCAUAGGGUUUUAUGCAAGGACUAAGGAAGACUUUGAAAACUUGUGUAAAACUGUCACAACGGUGUUGAGCUCCUCAUCAUUGAAGGAGAAAUACCCUAUUUUCACAUUUGCAAGGGGCUGUGCUCAGGAUUAUGGUCUGGAUGAACUCUGCACUCUCAAACCGGAUAAAACUGUGCUAAUCUCCAAAUCUGGAAGACCAGGGAAGUCAAAGCAGAACAGCACUGAUGAAUUUGUCUUUCUGUGAUGAGCAAAUGGACUCCAUUAGAUAUCUGUGCCUGCUGUAUUUCAGCAGGGCUGAAACUGGGAGCCUCGUGGAGUGUUCCUUUUAUUUAUAUUCUGUUGUCUUUCCAGGAAGGGGAUGGUCCCCUGAGGGAAGACCACCUCUUCUCUUGGUGAGUGGGAUUAGCUCUCUUCCUGACCAAGCAGCAUUUGAUUGGGUUUUCUUUCUUUCUUUUGUAGCAGUGCUCGUGCUGCGCAAGUCUGUUAUGGAUGUGUUUUUGGGCAGGUUGUCAGUUGCAAGCUGAGUCAGACUGUUUUGAAGUAAAAUCUGCUCUGGCUAUCCCAAAAGGCCCAGCUGUGGCUACAUGGUGUAGGAUGAUGUUCAUGAGGGGAGGAGUAGUCCGGUGACAGCAGUCCUCCAGCUCACCAGACUUCAGUGUGUGAGCCUGAAUUGUCAAUGGCAGGGCUGCAGGAUUGCCAGGCAUUGGAGCUGAAUCCAGUGUUGUUCAUAAUUCGAGGAGAUCAAAUCCUAGUUGAGGCUGGGAAUCCUGAAUCGUGGCUCUUCCUAGCAUCUAACAAUUGGGUACAAAUGCUCCCUCAGUGGAUCGACAAAUUCAGCACAGAAUCAACCAAGUCCAUCUUCAAUGUAUAUGUUUUUCACUGUUUCUCCCAGGGAGGUAAUGCUCAAAGGGGAGGACCGUGUUGCUUCACUCCAUUGUGUAUACUUGCUGUGGCACACAGGAAUCCUUUCAGACCAGUCACUCGAGCGUGCGUGUGCGUGUGUGUGUGUAAAUUUUCUAACCUGCCAUUCCACAGCUCAGGUUGGUGGGUCUGUGACAUUCCUUUAGAAUUUUCUGAAGACUUUCCUAACUUGCCUACACAUUCUGUUUAAACAUUGACAGUCUUGUGAUCUGAAUAUUCUUCGUGUCUUUGGAGCCACUCUCAGGAGUGAAAUCUUUCAUUCUGAAAGAUUGCAAUUAACAUGAAUAAUUUUGCAUUGAACAGGAGAAAGAUCAGAACCAGCAUUGUUAUUAAACCUGUCCUCCCAUUGUGCCAAAUCCAACCCUACACAACUCUUUGGGAACAUCAAGUUACAUAGGUCAAUGCAAAGAAGAGCUGGAUGAGGCACCUUUCGCCUCUGCGGCCCACAUUCCAAUUGGUAACCAGGUGAUGGGAUGGCAGUGGCUGCUUUCUGCCGUCAUCCUCUGUGUAAGAAGCUUCGACUAGCCACAAGGUUGACCACUAUUUGAUGCUCAGACACAGGGUAUGGAAAUGGAAAAGACCAGUGUCCGAUAGGUGCUCUCCUGUGGUUCAUAUUCAGGCACAAAAUUGGAAUAGAAAAGACCUUUGUUCUGUACUUACCCACACUGGACCGAACAGCUUCCACAUGAGGUGGUCACAAAGCAAAGUCUGAUCCCUGUAUGACCUACAAAUCCAGCACUGCUACCUAACUCAAACUAGCAGCGUGUCCCCUUUCAUUAUGAAUUGAUCAAACAAAUAGUAGCUGGUUUAAUGCAAAAUUUAUUUCUCAUCUGAUCAAAUUCCUGUAUUGUGGUUAUUUGUGUUUUGGAAAACGCUGGUUUAUUUGAAAUAUAGCUGUGUUUAUGUCCUUGUAUCUACACCCUCUCGGCCUAUUGUCUGUUCAUCCCCUGCCCCUAGAGGAUGAUUGUUUGCAUGCUUGUAUAGUACUGUCAAUGUUUGCUGGUAGGAUUUCCUGCAUCAGUGUAAUUUGACAGAAACAUAACUGGUCUGGGAUUAUUUGCCUCUGACAGUUCCCCUUAGGUAAUAUAAACAUGUGAAAAGUACUAAAUUGACCUUCCAGUUAAAUUAGGAGACCUUACUUUAAAAUCAUUUUUAUUUCUGACCGGGAAUCUCAGUGCAGCAGUUUUCUGGUUUGUUCCAUAGCUCUUGGUUUUACAUGCCUCCUAAUAUGUUUGUAACUGGAAGCUGAUGUGCCUACAGGGGUACAGUGGGAAUUCUAGAAUAAUGUUUGGAAACUUGAGUAUUGCUGGACAGAUUGCUAACUCACCUCUGCUUUUCCUUUAGAGAAUCCCCAUGUUUUAUUUGCACGUGCUAAAGAAUAUCACACAUUGUUUGUUUGUAAUUAGCAACAAACUGACUUUAUUUCCAUGGACCUGGUAGUGAUUUGCAGUAAUAUCUCGAUCCAUUCCAGCUACUGAAGAUUUUGUUAUUAUUAAUGGACUACUAGUGGUUUCAUCCAAACAAUAUGAUAACUGUUGGUUUUCUUUGGAAGUCUUUGUAAUACCGCUGUGUCUCUAUGUAAAGAGGAAGCUAUCAAAGCCAGAUCCUGUCUUUGGGAAUGUUUGUUUGCUGAAAGAGUUGGGCUCCUUGGAGAUAGGAUCAAGAGCAACUUGCAAGGACUUGAGGGUCUGGGUGGGGUUCUGGCCAGAUCAGGAAAGGCUCCCACUUCAAGAUGAUCCAGAGAUUGGAGAUGUUCAAGUUUCCAAACAAAACCAGGAAAGCCCAGUGUAAUCUUACUGUCACCUCUUCAUCUGGUGCAUAGCCUUUAGCAUUGCUGUUGGAAAACCUUUUUAAUAUCAAUAUUUACUCCUACUCACUAAAUUUAUUCAUUGUUGCAUUUCAGUCUCCCACGAGAAAAACACUGGCGAAGCCUUCAUUAGAGAAGGGCCGCCAGUCUUCACUUUUGUGAUGUUUGCCUGUAUUCUCAAAUAGUUUCUUUUCCUUUUCUUGGGGGUUGGUAGAGAAAGGAGGGACUUCUAUCAGUUUGCAGAAUAAUUUCAGCAAUAUCUUUUUGAGAAGCCAUUUAUGUUGCAUGUCUUUAAUUCUUUAAGACUUUGAAUAGUAAUAGGAAGUUGAAAGCCUAUGUAGGUUUCAGUGACCUGCUUUUCUGUGAUUCCGGUCAUACACCUGCUUCCUGUAACUGGAGUGUUAGUGAAGAAGGUAUUACAGUUUUGCUGCUCCCAUUGAGAGUUCCUAAUGGGUGUGGUUUACUGUGGGGUAUGCAGGGCACUUAAAUUUAGAAUUGGUACCAAGGGUUGGAGGGGACAUGUUGGUUCUGGACGUGUUAUAACCUUCCUAAACAAACUCAAAUAUGUAGUCAGUAACUCUUCUUUUCUGAUUACCUUGACUAUUUCCAUAGCAACAUCCAGGCCCUUUUAUUGGUUGUGGGUGUUGGGUUAGGCUGCCUGAUGUAUGUAAACACUCCUGGCUUACUGAAGCUGUGCUGUCUGAAUGCUGACUCAGUACACAAAGAUGCUGAGCUAGUUCUGGGAGAACCACCUCCAACUUCCUUUCAUCAAUUCACUGGAGUUUGUCACCUGCCCUGAUGUGGAAUAAUUAUAUCCUUGAAUCUCAGUCCAUCCAGAGAAUAAGUUAGAUUCCUUCUGUCUUGAAUGAAGUGGAUGUGUCAUUAUCCGACUGGGGUGGACAAGGUCAGAAGUCACAUGACACCAGGUUAUAGUCCAACAAAUUUAUUUGAAAUCACAAGCUUUCAGAGUUUGUCAUUUCACAUGAACCUGUUGGAAUAUAAACCUGGUGUUGUGUAACUUCUGACUUCUGUCUUGAAAUACUGAGAAAUUAUUGUUUUGUCUUCCGUCCCCCCUAGCCCUCCCAGUCAGUAUCCACCCGUGGAACCCUUGUCCUUGGUUUUCAGCAGCAGGGUACUUUCCUGAUGUCUGUCUUGGCCAAUGUUCCUGCCUUAACUAACUCCAUCGGAACAGAUUUGGCAUCUCAUUGCUGUUUGUGUGCACAAUGCUGUAUUGUAUGGUAUAACUACUGUUUACGAAGCACUUUGAGUUAUUUGAGAAAUAUUAAGCUGCUAUACAAUCAAGUUGUUCUUCCUUUAUUAAUUAAGCUGCUGCUUCAGCAUGGUAGCACUCUGACGACCUUCCUUCCUGAGCACCAUCUGACAUGCGCUGUCAGUGAGCACAUUCACUGUGUGGCUGUGGUGUUGGAGAGUUUUUUCCCAAUGAGUUCAGUCUGACUCCAACUCAACACUCUCUCUCUCAGCUGAACUACUUUUAUUAAUUUGAUCAGUAAACAGAAUUGAUUCAGUAUUCCGAGCUGGAAAAAGUUCCAGGGAUGGUUCGAGCUAUUACUGAUACCUGAGAAGGUUGGCUUCUGUCUGCUUUCCAGAAAGAUGCCAACUCCUGCUCUUGAGCAGCAGAGGAGUGUGUGUUGGCUGCAAGGUGGUGUUGUGUGUGGAAUGUUUUCCUGAUUUCCCCUAAUGACAGCGGUGUCUUCAUGUCAACUUUUAUGGUUUUGUUCCUCGCUCACCAAUCCAAGCAUGGACUCAUUGCUGGAAUUGCUUCUUGUACCUCUUCCAACUCCCUUGAUCUUGUGUGUGAAUCACUGGGCAUGUGCAGGCAGGCUCUGUAGUUGUGGAGGAUGUCACUGCCUGAUCUUUAACAAUGGAAGAAAUCAGGAAAGUGGCAAAUCCCUUCUCUCCCACCAUGAUUCUAAGAGUUAUCGAAUCAUGACCUCCCUGACUCAGCCAGCAUCUUUUCCCCUCAACUAUUUGGAAGCUUUUCUGUCUUUGCUUGAAGAGAAUUCCUUGCAUGACUCGAUGAACCCGCCAGUAUGAUAAUUGCUGGGUUGGCUGGUCUUUGUGCUCUGUGUCACCUGGUUACAGAUUUGCAAAUGUUGUAAAUCAAAUCCUCCAGAACUAAUGGAAAAAAAAAUCAAUUGAACAAUUUAUUUUGAGUUUUUGCUGUACUUGCAAUAUUUUAUUUCCAAUUCCUAGCUCUGAAAUGAGAAUGGACUUAGCUUGGAAUGAGCAGGGAAUUGAGAUUGAUCUUCUUGAUGGCCCCUGCUUUGUCUGAGAGGAGAUUGAAUUGUUGGUGUUGUAAUGGUGUUCGUACUCUACUGUCACUGAAAUCUGUUCAUUGAUGUUGUGCAUGUACUACUGAAAGUAACUGUUCCAACACUGUUGUUUUAGUAAGGCCUGUGUUGAUUGAUUGUAUCCAAAUUAAUGUCUAGGAACCUUAGUGCACAACUGUGUCUUUAACCAUGUGGGUUCCUGCUUGAUGUAUGCUGGGAUUUGCUGUCCUUAGCUGGGAUUCAGUGCUUAGAUUAGAUUACAAGAAGUAAAUCAGCCAGGGUGUCUCUUCCCAAAUGCUGCGCAGUAACUCUACUGGAACAUACAUGAAGCUUUAGGGGAGGAUCAGCGCCAACUGGUCAUACACGUGGGUGGGGUUUCCCAGAAUGGCUGGUACAGAAGCAGACCUCAAGUGGGCCAGUAGCUUCAGAAGAGAAUAGAAGGUGAGAGGUUAAAAUGAGUUCUGCAUUUAUCCUUCUGCAGCAGUGCUCCCUUCAGACCGAGGAGGAGGUCUGGACUCGGCCCACUUCAGUUCAGCUUUUGGUGGACCUUUUCCCAAACAUAGAAUCGACACAGGCCUUCCUGAAACAGUGUAUUCUGCAACCAGUUGCAGUCCUGUUUGACCAGACAUCUGUUCACUGUGGGAUUGGAGAGCCUCCCAGGUAACACUAGUGGGCUUUAACCCUUUGAGGAUAUGAUAUUUGGUGGGAGAUAGGAGAGGAGAAAAUGCCUCUCCCAUUGUCCUUAAAAAUCUUGGAGCUGAUGGGGAGAGUGGAGCAUUUCACUGACCACUCUGUCAUGUCCCUAAGAUCACUGCUAUGCACUUGUAGUCCCUUUUUCACAUGACAUGUAGCAUUAAAGGAGCAGUGGGAUGGUUUAAACAGAACUCACUGGAAAGAAGAUUUAUUUUUCUCUACACGUUUGAUUUAAUAUGAGCAUGAAGAGAUUUGUGGAAAGGCCUGAAGAUGGGAAGACAUAUAAAUGUCUGAAAUUGCAGUAUUUUCUGAUCUAUAUUACAUGUGAUUACCACAUUCCUCAAGAGGCUAAAGCUCCAUUUCUUUCUAAUUUAUUUUUGUUCAGAAAUAAACUGUAACUUAAAGCUGCUUGGCAGUUUGAAAUAAAUGAAAGUAGGUACUUGACAA